CAGGUUGUCCAUCUCUGGCAGGAAAUUUGCUUUGGCAGGCAUAUGUUCGUCCAGGUCCCGGCUGGGGCCAGUCGAGUUCCAGUUCCACACCUAGGAAUUUGGAAAGCCUGUGUGGAGCUGGUGGCCAUGCAUGGGGAGUUCUUGGGAGGCAUGUUUUGGGCGAUCCUGGGAUGCGGUCCAGAUGAGGCAAUAUUUCAAGCUCUCCAAUUUGAUUUGCAUUCCCUUGGGGCAGUUGGAAAAGGAAAAUGUGGCAGUAGUUGAUGCCAAAGCUUUGAGCGGUGAAUAAUGAACCACCCACGGUCUAUUGCCAUAUCCACUGUCUGUAUGAUAAGACAUUGACGUGGGUGGACCAGUUAUUUUGGAGGGUGGAGCUGUGGAAGAUUGUGUUCCAAGUGAUGAAGAGUAAGCAUCGUUCGUUUCUGCCUACUGGUCACGGGAAACACAUGCUGCAUUCCUCUUAAGUGACUUCACACAAUUCCGUGACUGUGCUUAUGGAGAGGAAGAAAUAGUGAGAAGGGCCCCGUGGAUGAAUAUGAGUGUAUUUGUACGUACGAGUACUACGUGUGCAUUUCGACGACAACGACAACUUGUACGAGGUUCCCUUGCAGAUGGACGAAGUGCUUUUUGGCGUUGCAUGAUUUUUGUCAUUCAUUCUUAGUCAAACACACAAGGAUUUUUUUCGCCAGGAAAAAUGGUUCUGAGAAUCCAACGAAAAGGCGGUCUCCAACCAAUUGGGUGAGUGGGCCAUUACAGCAAACCGAGCUAGGGAGACAAACCAAGAACAAGAGAAAGACCACCGACAAGACUCACGAACUCAAAGAUGAGUAGUACCGGGAUCAAUAAGUUACCCUUGCAAUUGGUGGUCUCCGGUUCAGAACCCGGUUGUUCGGCCAAUGCCAGCAAUGUGACAGCUGCCGCAUUCAUUGCUAGUUGCUUUGCCUCCAGUCCCACAAUGUGUGAUCCAGUGCGUGUUUUGACUUCAACCACCAAUCCCGGUACGAUUGGGACCCUACCGGAGUUGACCACGUUGAAAUCAAUUGUUCCGAGCACUUCUUCCUCUUCAUCCUCUUCGAUCGCUGACCUCAUAACCAUAGACGAAUGGUCUCAGCAGCAAAUUUUUGGCCCUGCUCCAGCCUCGACACCGGAAUUUGGAACCACAACCACAUCCCCCGUUAUUCCCACCAGUGCUGCUACGAUUGUAUCGUUACCCAGCGCUUAUCCUCCCAUCGUUCCCAUUAUUGCUGCCACGCCCACCUCUGGGGGCGUGUCACAACCCCCUCUUUCUACUAUAGCCAUUGCCGAGGCAACUUCUUCUGCCUCUGCAGCAGCCUCAGCAACCUCAGCUUCCACGGCUAUGCUUUUGCUUCAUCAUCAGCACCAUCAACACCAUCCUACACAUCAACAAACAACCUUCGGGGGAUCUGGAACAUUUGCCGACGUGUUGUCCUCCGGUUAUGGACUUCAUGUGGGCGAGUACUCGGAUGACUCAGGCCAUGGGGGAGGCCAUGGGUCCAUGGGUGGCGGUAGUAGUGGACACCAUGGCCACGCCCAUGUUCUUUCUGCCUCUGCUCCUGAGUCUGGGUCUAGCCAUUAUGAGCAUCAAUCCUCCUCACCCUUUGGAGACGUUCUCCCCGACACAUUUCAUGCGGAAUUCAUCACUCAACCAAUCGACUAUCCCAUGGGAGCUCACUCACCAACAAUGGAACCAACGAUCUCUCAUUCAAGCUCAGGAUCUCCGGCCCCGGGUCAUUCCCCCAGUCCAGCCCAAGCUCAUGCUCCACAUGCCAUGUCUGAACAACUUAGUCCUAGUCAUACCUUGCCAAGUUUCCUAGACACCUAUACCACCCGCCAGAUAUUCGAGGCCGCCACGGCGGGGGCUUCCAGCCCCUCGGACUCUCAACAACCCGCCUCUUUGGAGCCACGGGUGACCUUCAAGCAAGAAGAGCCAGGGCCAUCCCGAGUCUCGGUGUCCGCCUCAGUGUUUGCUCAGCACCAGCCCUCGUCGUCAUCCUCUCAUAUCACCUCAUUUGCUACUAGUCUCUCCGCUGGGUUUCCUAGCACAUCCUCAUUCGUCCAACAUGAUCUCUCCGGGUCAGUGAGUGUCGGGCAUGGUCCCCAUCAACUCCACCAGCAGCAGCAACAGCAACAACAGCAGCAGCAGCAGCAUCAACAGCAGUCUCAAUUCUUUUUAAAAAAGGAAUCCUACUCACCUCGAUCGUCCACGCCCACGUCCUACUCCCUUCCAGACUAUUACCAACCCCCGACGUCGACUCCAUUUCCCCAAUUUGUUGGUUCCGACUACGGCAGUGGCGUCCAUCACGAUCUUCUACACGAGGGCGGGGGUAGCACUCUCCCGCCAGCCCUUCAGGGGGCUUUGCAAGGGGCAUUGCAUGGAUCUGGCCAUCUCUCAUUGGCUGGGUCCACUCGAGGGGGUCAUCGAAGGACCACUCCCUCUACAAUUACCUCAGGCGAAUUGUCGAAAAUGCGCCUACCCUUGGGACCACCUCCACCACCUUUAACCCGAUCUCCAGGCGGGGACCCCAAAUCUGGCUCUCUGCUGUGCGCUGUUUGUGGUGAUAAUGCGGCUUGCCAGCACUAUGGGGUGCGGACUUGUGAAGGCUGUAAAGGCUUUUUUAAGCGCACCGUUCAGAAGAAUGCCAAAUAUGUGUGCUUGGCUGACAAAAAUUGCCCGGUGGACAAACGAAGACGGAACCGGUGUCAAUUCUGCCGGUUCCAGAAAUGUCUGGCCGUGGGCAUGGUGAAGGAAGUAGUGCGAACAGACAGUCUGAAGGGUCGCCGAGGUCGACUCCCGUCCAAGCCAAGAAGCCCCCAAGAGCAGCCUCCAUCACCUCCGGUCAGUUUGAUCACGGCUCUUGUGAGGGCGCACAUAGACACAUCUCCAGAUUCAUCUCCAAAUAGUUUGGAUUAUUCUCAAUAUGUUGAUGCAUCCGUUGAGGAGUUAGAAACCAAAGAGGGUCUAGUGGCCAACGAGGCCGCCAAGAUUCAACAAUUCUAUCACCUUCUCACCUCAUCCAUUGAGGUCAUCAGGAAGUUCUGUGAUCGAAUCCCUGGCAUCAACGAAAUUGUUCCAUCCGAUCGGGAACACUUAUUCCAAUCCACUUGUCUGGAGCUGUUCGUUUUAAGAUUGGCCUAUAGGAUUCAACCGGAUUCGGAUCAGUUCACCUUCUGCAAUGGAAUGGUGUUGCAUCGAAACCAAUGCCAGCAUAGCUUUGGCGAGUGGCUUGGCACCAUCGUCGAGUUCUCCAGGACACUCCAUGCCAUGGAGCUGGACAUCCAGGCAUUCUCAUGUCUAUGCGCUUUAACUCUAGUCAAUGAACGUCAUGGCGUGUCCGAUCCCAAACGUGUGGAGAACCUCCAAUCCAAGGUGAUCAACUCGCUCAAGGACCACGUGACCUACAAUCCGGAUGCUCAGAAGAAGCAGCAAUAUUUCUCUCGGAUCUUGGACCGCCUAUCUCCCCUCCGCUCCCUCAGUGUCCAGGGUCUUCAGCGGAUCUUCUAUCUCAAGAUGGAGGAUCAAGUACCGGUUCCCGAUCUCAUCGAGAAACUCUUCGCCUCGAGCAUCCCAUUCUGAAAUUGUUCACAUUUGCACGUUGCAUCAAUGUUCACCAUAUUUGUGGGACUGUUAACUACCUGACACCGUUUGUCGAGGGGAUUGGUCCAUCGCGACCCUGGAGCGUUCCUUAGAUAAAUGCAGAAGAUAUAAAAAAGACAAAAAGAUACCCACAAAGAGAGAGAGAGAGAGAGAAAGAAACCGUCCUAGGGACUGGCUUGCUCCCAAGAAGACCUCAAUUGUCCUUGCCUAAAAUGCCAAUCAUUCAGCCGCUCCCGUCCUUGUCACAGGUUCUCAUAACCCCCACCGCCAUCCUCUAUCCUCGGGACAACCUGGUGGGUUUUGUCUCUCGAUCCUUAUUCUCUAUGCCCUGGUGAUACGAUUUGUAAACCCUACAACCCCACCCAAGCUCUCGAUAAAUGCCAAAGUUGAACGGAUACUUGCGUUCCAGACACAUGCCAGCCAUACAUACACACAUACAACUAUUCGGUUGAAAAUCAACCUCCUGUCGUCCUCUCUCCAAGGAUGGGGAAGGCACGUGAAUAGCUUUGUCACGAAUUUUUACAUAUACACCCACCUACCCACCUAUAUACCAUCACGCAAUCAUCACGUUCUUACACAUGUAAACUAGCAAAAUUGCCACAGCCUGAGCAAAGAACCAUAUCAUUUCAAGACCAAACUACAAGAAGACUUGGUGUGUAAUAUCAUCCCUUUCCCCUUUCCCCUCUCUCCAGUCCUUGAGUUCUCUUUCCCCUUUCUCAGCAGCUGCCACCAGAUCCCCCGUCCCCGUUCUUCUUUUGGUUGGGGGUAGCUUUCCUCCUCCCCCUUUCUCGCUACUGUAAUCGCUUGUCCCCUCCCCCUUGACCUUAUAUUUACAAACGUAAUGGAAGGCCUACAAUCUGUGUGAUUCUAAUCUGGUGAUUGUUUGUUCGGAUGUAAGAUAAGACUUCUUUGGGUUCCCUUUUCACUCAGGCUGUCCAAUGUGGUCCGAUUCGGGCAAUUGACUUGUACCUCUUAUCCCUUCUCCCACACACCGUCCCUCCUCUCCCCUUGAUCCAGUGAAGGUGGAGAAGGUCUAUCAUAUUGUAUUUCCAUUGCUUCUUAAUCGGGCCACACCUGAUCUUUCUAUAUAUUAUCAUCAUCAUCAUCAUCUACAGGUGGCAUCAUUGCGGACAAGCUUCCCCAAUCCCACGGUUCUUGUCAAUAACAACUUUGUUGUCCAGUCAUUAUAAUAAAGACAUUUUGA